AAGAGAAAAAAAGAGAAGCGCUCUUGCGAGAGGCCCCUCUUUUCUCUCUGCUCAGGAUCGGACGUGUUUCGCACCCACCGCGCAAAAGAGGCUCCCGCGAUCUCAUCGGCCCCCCGACCCCCUCGCGUCCAUGAGGUCCUGGGCGAUGACUUCCUUCUGGACAUGGACUGGAUCACUCGAAAGCUGGGCAACAGCCAGGGCAACAGGCGAUUCUGCUCACAGCGCAUCAUUGGGACUCGACCCAGGACAGACACAGGCUCGAUUUGCCCCCCGGCCAGAAGGUCCAGUCUACCCCUUCACGUUGGAGAGCAGUUUCACAGUGCAGUUUCCCCUUCGCACACAUCCUUGCCAGAAAUACCAUCCUUCUUCAACCGUUCAAGCAAGCAACCAUGACUGAAGAGGAAUCAAAGCGAUCCAAAAAGCUCGACACUGUCGGCAACAAGGAUACGAUGAACCUGCACAAUAUCUUGUAUCAGAACAUCAUAUCGUCUCCGUACUUCAAAGGCUUGUAUGAAAUCAAGUCGUAUCACGAAGUCAUUGACGAAAUCUAUGAAUCAGAACCCUUUUUCAAGGGUAACAACGCCUCUACUGCCUUCUGUCUGCUGUUCAAGUUGUGGACAUUGAAAUUGACUGUGAAACAGGUCCAGGGCCUUAUCACCCACAAAGAUUCGCCGCACAUCCGUGCGCUUGGUUUCCUUUACCUUCGCUAUGUUUGUAAGCCUGCGGAUCUCUGGGACUGGUUCGGACCGUAUCUUGAUGACGAAGAAGAAUUGUUGGUCGAAGCUGGGCUGCACCCGCGGUCAAUGACAAUCGGUCGUUUGUGUCGAGAUCUGUUGACGGAAAAUAAAUGGAUCGGCACCAUUCUUCCUCGCAUUCCUGUGCCAAUUGCCAGAGAGUUGGAAAAGAAACUUAAGGAGCACCCACCAGUGGGUGCGGAACCCGUCCGCGAAGAGGCUCCUCCGGCUAGAGGAUUCAAUGGCAAUCGCAAUGCAGUGGACUAUCAUCGCAACGAGAAUCCCGGGCGGCCAUACUACGACUCGGGACCCCGCAAUGGCCGAGACUAUAACCGAGACCAAGGCCCUGACAGGGGCUAUGAUCGCCCAGACCGUAGGUACGACGCCCGUGCGGCUCCAUACGAUUGUAACGAUAGACGAGACCCAGGUUAUCGGAGACACAGUAGGAGUCCGGGCCGGGAUUAUCGCUCCUCUCAUGGCAGCCAUAGAUCUCGGGAGGACGAUUAUUCGAAUAUCAAGUAUGAUGAUGAUGACCGGUAUGUAAUUGUUAGCUUCCUGGACCCGGUUUGCGCUGGCGAUAGCUGACAUGACCUCUCUAUCGUUGCUUUGUGCUUUGUAGAAAUGAUCGACGUGAUUCCCGUCGUGAAGACUACCGCCGGCGAUAUUGAUUUAGUUCGGGGAGAGGAAUGGAAAAGUGCCGCGUUGGGCGGUCGAUGAGUGAUGCGCGUAUGGACCUAGUGGGCGAAACAAUUACCACUCCGAGUAGCUCAGUCGAGCAUGUUUGGAAAACUGUAACUGUUCUCAAAAGAUAUGGGUUUGAAGAAGCAGCAGGCAGGAAACU